CCCACUGUGUCAUCUCUAACUUACUCUACCAAUCAAUGCAUCAAUCUAAUCCAACCAUGUCCGGCGGCGACGGCACGGCACCGCCGCCGCACGUGGUGGAGGAUUUGCUGGGCGUGGUCCAGCUGCUCAGCGACGGCUCCGUGAUCCGCGGCGACGAGUCCGUGCUCUCGCCGCCGGAGCAGCAGUUUCCGGACGUCCCCGGCGUGGAGUGGAAGGACGUGGCGUACCACGCGGCGCACGGCCUCAAGGCCCGCGUGUACAGGCCGUCGGAGAAGAAGACGAAGCUCCCGGUGCUCGUCUACUUCCACGGCGGGGGCUACUGCAUCGGCUCCUACGCGCAGCCGCCGUUUCACGCCUUCUGCCUCCGCGCCGCCGCCGAGCUCCCCGCCCUCGUGCUCUCCGUCCAGUACCGCCUCGCCCCCGAGCACCGCCUCCCCGCCGCCGUCCACGACGGCGCCGACUUCCUCUCCUGGCUCCGCGCCCAAGCCGAGACCGGCGGCGCCGCGGAGGACACGUGGCUCGCCGAGUCGGCCGACUUCGCCCGCACCUUCGUCUCCGGCGUCUCCGCCGGCGCCAACCUGGCCCACCACGUCACCGUCCAGAACGCCGCCACCUCGGCAUCCCCAGCGCGGCUGCGGAUAGCGGGGCUCGUCCUGCUCUCCGCGUUCUUCGGCGGGGUCCGGCGCACGCCGGCCGAGACGGCCCUGUCACCGGCUGACGUGUCCCUGACGGUGGACGUGGCCGACCAGCUCUGGCGCCUGGCGCUGCCGGCGGGGGCCACCAGGGACCACCCGCUGGCCAGCCCGGAGAUCCCGGAGGCGGUGGAGCUCCCGCCGGUGCUCGUCGUGGCGCCUGGCCGCGACGUGCUCCGCGACCGCGUGCUGGGGUACGCCGCGAGGCUGGGGGAGAUGGGGAAGGCCGUCGAGGUCGUCAGGUUCGAUGACGAGCAGCACGGCUUCUCCGUCCUCCGCCCCUUCGGCGUCGCCGCCGACGAGUUGAUGCGGGUGCUCAGGCGCUUCUUGUAUUACCGCCCAACUGACUAAGGCCAUGGCGUCUGUUGCUGAGCUCCUGAUGCUUCUACUCAACGUCGUAAACGUAUGGAGUACUUUGAUAGCUCCGGGAAUAAUCAGAGUAGAACUGCAUUCUGAUAGUAGCAUGCGUGUUGUGUAAUUAUUAUACACUAGUGUUUCAGUUAUUGUGCAGUGUAGAAAUCUGCUUCCAGUUUUCUGUUAUGUUUAGAUGUGUUUGUUGUAUACUGGUUGCUUGCGAUUCAGUUCAAUUGUAAGCACAAUCGAAAUAAAGAUUGCUAGUAGUAAAAUAUAUGAAAAUAACAAAAAGAACUUCAUUGUCCCAGUUCUUCAA